AUGGACGAAUUGAUGGAGGACUUCGUUAACGGAGUCAAGCAAGUCUGGGCGUGGGUUUCGAACCCAUUCGAGCUAUGCUGCUGCCCUGGAGGUCGGGCGGACGACGACGACGACAACGGAAAGGGUGGCGACGAGGAAGGCGACAUCGAUCUGUGGCACAAGGACAACAAUGGGGGAACCACCUGCGUCACCACGCCAGCGGAGGGUCGAGUGGUUGUGCACGGAGGCCUCACGAAGAAGAACGGAAAGACCGGCCGCCUUACCGCCGAGGCGCUGAGAAGUCUCAACCCUGCCGGUCUCUCGGAAUGCGGCGGGCGCCGCCCCGCCGCUAGCCACAGCAGCGGCGAGACCCUCGACAACAGCAGCCAGCACAGCAGCCACAGCAGCAGCAACAACGCGGUCGGUAUUAGAACCAGGAGAAACGGCAGGGGUGACGUCGGUAAGCGCCCCAGUCGCGGGGUUCAGUUCUCUUCUGGCGUUGACGUUAUCGCCGAGUGGGACCGACACUUGGCCAGAGUGAAGCGCGACGACGACGCGGAGGACUGCCGGGGCCGCGCGACGAUCACGCUCGGUGGAGACGACAUCGUGUCCGUGGCGGAGGACCAUGUCACGGGCCCCCGCAGAUCGUUCGCGCAGGCCCCGUGUUCGCUCAGUCGUGCGGCUCGCUUCGCGAUGGGAGACAGCGGCGGCGGCGGUGGCGGCAAUGGCACGAUCGGCCGCGGGGGCAAGGGCGUCGGCCUCAAAGGAGACGGCCAACCGCUGAUGUACGGUAUGAAGGACAUCGUUGCCUCCGGCCGCCGGGGCACCAAGGGUAUCAAGGGCAGCGGCGCCGGGCUCUGGAAAGAGGCGGAGGACGAGGAGGAGGACGAGGCCAUCCCCACUCUGCUCGACAGCGGAUGGAAGAACGGGGGCGGCAGCCGGAGGAGGUCGAGGAGGGCCACCAGGACGAGGAAGAACGCGGGGUACGGCGACGACGGGGACAAAUCGAGCUGUGGCGCCACCUGCCGGGAGGAGGGGAAGCUGGGCAGGGGGUCACCGGACAAUUCUGCGCUUAGGGCGGAGCUGUUCGCCCUCGCCAAGGGCGAGCGCCGGGAGUCCCUUCUGUUCAAGAGGGCGUUCUUGAACGCGGAGGGGGGCAGCGCCUUUUCACGCCAGUAG